AUGUAUUUUGUUUAAGUUUAAGUUUUUUCCUAACCAUGUCAGACUUGUAUGCAAGUAUAUUUGUUUAUUUUUUAAAAAAACACAUUAACAAAAACAAUGAACCAGUUUAUAAGAUGUUACAAGAGGAAAAUAAUAAACAAUUCGUUUUUAAUAUUUGUAAAACUGCAUAUCAUUUGUUUAUUGAAAAUAAAGUUACAUUUUCCAGAAGGGAAAUUCAAAACAUUGUCAAUAGUUUUGAUGAAGUUGAAAAUGAACUUUCUGGUUUUAUAGAGAAAAUUGAAACAGAUUUAGGUUGUUAUUAUCAAUUUGUUCACUUGACAAUAAUGGAGUUUUGUGUCUCAGUUUAUGCAUACAAUUAUUUAACUUGUAAAGAGAUUAUGGUAAAUGAAAAGCUACGAAACUGUUUACCAAUGAUCUGUGGACUUUUGAAUAAAGAUGAAAAUAGUUUCUUGAAGUUCCUUGCAGACAUAAGGAUUUCAAAACCAGGAGAUAUUUUUUUGAAACUCUAUUCAAAUUUAAUGAGCAGAAAUUCAGAAAAAUUAUCUAUGAUUGAUAUACUUAACCUCGAUGAAUUUGGUUUUCGAAAAUUGCUCUAUGAAUGUUUUUAUGAGAGUCAAUCAUCAAUCACAGGUGAAAUCAAAUCAUUAUUUGAUAAACGACAAUGGAUGAUUUCAGUUUGUGAUGGCAAAACUUUUUAUGAAACUUCUUGCGAAAAUUAUUUCUUAAAUCAUUUGAUAAAUUCAGAGUUGAAGUUACCGACAUUAUAUGUUAAUAAAAGUAUUUUAAGUGACGAUGAAAAAAAUCUCAUUAUUAAAAGUUCCACGAUCGUUCGCCGUGUCUUUUUUUAUUGUCCAAUUAAAUUUGAUGGAUGGAAACCAAAAGAUAAGAUUCAAGAGUUGUCAAUAUGCAUCUUAAAAUAUUCAAUAUCAAAGAAAGAUUUCGAGGAAUGUUUUCUUUCAUGGAUAAAUGUUUGCGAAGAAUUAUAUCUAGACCUUCAUGUUGGUACUGACUACAUUAGUGAUAUUUUUGAAUGGAUUCAUCGUUCAAAUGUUAAAAAAUUUGUAAUGGUGGAAAAAGGAAAGAAUUUUAUAAAUGAACCCAUGUGAAUUUGUCUUUAACUUCACCAAGUCACAUCAUUUCCAUUAACUUCCUUUGAAAAUAUUGAAAAAAUUAAUUUGUUGUUGAAUAUUUCAAAGAUUAGUAAAUAUUAUGGAAAAAAGUAGCAGUAGAGAAAAGAGUUUCUAUUUAAUUUUUAGAUUUUAUUUUUAGGUGAAAAUGAUUUCUAUAAGAAUA